UGUCAUGCACUGCGCUGGUCAAAAGGUUUGACGGCUGGUGGACCGAGCUCUCACUCUUUUAACUUUGUAUUCUACCGUCCAGAAAAUUUCAUUUCCUGCGCAUGGAGCGCGCGUAUGUGCACUCGUCGAUUCUCUCCACUUUUUCUUUUCGCUAUGAAGCACAAUUAUGGCAAGCAGUAGCAAGUCUGCAGCAACGAGGACCCUGGAGGAUUUGACUCUCGACUCGGGAUAUGGUGGAGCCGCCGACUCCUUCAGGUCUUCCAGUGCGUCGCUGUGCUGCUCGGAGGCACAUGGGGGGAACUGCUGGCAACUAACGGACUCCAUGCACAGUCGAAACAACAGCCUGGACACUGUCAACACGGUCCUGGUCGAAGACGUCGAGAUCCUGGAGUGCACCGGCCAGUGCGCUAAACUACCCGAGCUUGAGGAUGUGCCGUGGAGCCUCGGGGAGGUGGCGAGAGCCUUGCAGAGGGACGAGGGAAUGAGCGUGCAGACCCCAUCGCAGGACGUCCUGCUUCGGCUCUCGGCGCUGGUCAGCCGGGCCCUAGUGAGGGUCGCAAAGGAGGCCCAGCGCUUGAGUUUGCGCUAUGCCAAAUGCACCAAAUAUGAGAUCCAAAGUGCCAUAAAGAUGGUCCUGUCGUGGGUUGUCUCCACGAACUGCAUCGGCGCUGCCCUCGGCGCCUUGUCCCUGUACAACAUGAGCACUGAGGAGGACAAGUUCGGCCGCGGCAAGUCCGUGCGCUGCGGGCUCGUCUUUAACGUGGGAACAUUCUUCAGGUGGAUGGUCGAUAGUCGGAUCGCGGCCAGGAUCCACGAGCACGCGGCCAUCUAUCUGGCGGCGUGCAUGGAGAGCCUCUUCCGCCAGAUACACGAGCGAGUGCUCCGCAGUGCGCUGCUGGAGCGGGACAACAGUAUCCCCAAGUUGAGCGUGGAGAGCUUGGAACAGGCCAUCAGCAGUGAUGCUGAGUUGUGGGGAUCACUGCAGCACUGGCAACAUCUCAUCUGUGGGAAAAAUGCGAGUGGCAUCCUCAGUUUACCUGAGGGGUUGACUCUGCAGCAGCGAGCGGGAAAGAAUGGAGAGGGAAACGCCUACAGCCAGUCUGAACUUCGCUCUGUUGAACAGUGCUUACUGGCCACACGAGUGGGCAGCAUCUCUGAACUCAGUGAUGUGGUGUCACGAGCUAUGCACUACCUACAGCCAUUGUACACCAAAAACCACAACAAUGGGACACCCAUCCACCAGAAGAGCACAGUGAUACACUGGGCCCCUGAGGCCAUCUACACCCUGUGCUACUUCAUGCACUGCCCCCAGAUGGAGUGGGAGAACCCCAACAUUGAGCCAUCAAAGGUUUCCUUGCAAACUGAGAGGCCGUUCAUGGUGCUGCCGCCUCUGAUGGAGUGGGUGCGUGUGGCUGUUGUUCACACUGAGCACAGACGGAGCUUCUCUGUGGACAGCGAUGAUGUUCGGCAGGCUGCCAGGCUGCUGCUGCCUGGAGUGGACUGCGAGCCCCGCCAGCUUCGAACGGACGACUGCUUCAGCGCCUCAAGAAAGCUGGACGCUGCCUCAACCGAGGCAAAGCUCCUGCAGAACUUGGGCUUCCAUAUGCUCAGCUGCGGACGCACAGACCUGGUGAAACAGGCUGUCAACCUGCUGGGGCCGGAUGGUAUCAACAGCAUGAGUGAACAGGGGAUGACCCCACUCAUGUAUGCUUGUGUGCGUGGAGACGAGGCCAUGGUGCAGAUGUUGUUGGAUGCCGGAGCCAAUAUUAACAGUGAGGUGCCAAACUCAGUGCACAAGCACCACUCAGUGUUUCCCGAAACGCGCCAGGCGACGCCCCUCACUUUUGCUGUGUCACAUGGACAUGUCCCUGUGGUGCAGCUGCUUCUGGAUGCCAAAGCCAACGUGGAAGGUUCCUCGCAGGACGGGAUGGAAAACUACACUGAGACCCCGCUGCAGCUGGCUGCUGCUGCAGGCAACCUUGAGCUAGUGAGCCUGCUGCUGGAGCGUGGGGCCGACCCCAUGUUGGGAACCAUGUCCCGCAAUGGCAUCUCUACUGCGCCGCAGGGAGAAAUGAACUCUUACAGCCUGGCAGCUGCACACGGACACAGAAAUGUAUUUCGGAAGCUGUUGUCACACACGGAGAAAGGUAAAGGGGACGUCUUGUCCUUGGAAGAGAUUCUGGCAGAAGGCUCAGAGCUGGAGGGAAGAAGUUCAUCUGAGGCGGACCUAAUACGGACAGGGAAGGUCAAACUGAAAGCCCUAAAAGAAGCCAUGUACCAUAGUUCCGAACAUGGACAUGUAGACAUCACCAUAGAUAUACGGAGCCUUGGGGUACCAUGGACUUUGCAUACAUGGCUGGAAUCGCUUCGUACAUGUUUCUCCCAGCACCGCCGACCACUGAUCCAGGGCCUUCUCAAAGAAUUUAUCUGCAUUGAGGAAGAUGAGUACACUGAGGAGCUCAUAACCCAUGGCUUGCCUCUCAUGUUCCAGAUCCUCAGAGCCAGCAAGAAUGAAGUUAUCAGCCAACAGCUGUCAGCUAUCUUCACCCAGUGUUACGGGCCCUACCCUAUCCCCAAACUGGCAGAGAUAAAACGCAAACAGUCAUCACGCCUUGAUCCCCACUUCCUAAACAAUAAAGAGAUGUCAGAUGUGACAUUUCUGGUGGAGGGGAAGCCUUUUUAUGGCCACAAAGUACUGCUCUUCACAGCCUCCAAUAGGUUCAAAACUCUUCUUGCAAACAGACCUUGUGGUGAAAACACCUGCAUUGAGAUAAGCCAUGUCAAAUACCACAUUUUCCAGCUUGUGAUGCAGUAUCUCUACUGUGGAGGAACAGAUGCUCUGCACAUUAGGAACCCUGAAGUUAUGGAGCUUUUGUCUGCAUCUAAAUUCUUCCAGUUGGAAGCACUGCAGAGGCAUUGUGAGAUUAUCUGUACGAAGAACAUAAACACAGAUACUUGCGUGGAGAUCUACAACCACACCAAGUUUCUAGAUGCGCCAGAACUAGCAUCCUAUAUCGAGGGAUACUUCCUAAAGAAUAUGGUCAUGCUGAUAGAGCUGGAGCCAUUUAAACAGCUACUGUAUGAUGCACCACCAAAUAGCCCCAGCUAUAACAUCCUACAAAACUUGGAAAAAACUCUGGCCAUUCGCAUCCAGUCCAUACACUUGUCCUCGUCCAAAGGAUCCAUUGUUUGAACUUCUAAACUUACUAUAAAAACAAUUGUAGACUUGGAAUACAUGGGAUGUAUACACGUGAAGGAUCAUGCAAAAAAAAACUAUAUGUUCCAUGUUAGCUUAUGGACAGUACAGAUGCGGCUCCAUCUAUGAGACAUUUACUAGGCUUUUUCUAAACAAAUAAACCACUGGUGAUCCUUCCUAGGCUGUGAGGAUGAGUUGCUCUACUGUUGUGAUGACUUGCUCAUGCAUCUGUGGUAAGUAAUACAUUUGUAUUGUCAGUCCAGUUAUUAGUCUCUAAGACCCCAAAACUAAACUGUAACAUAACAGAGUGGCAUCCAUUAUGUUUUAAGUAGAAUUAAAACCUUCAGUUUCCUCACUACAAUGUAAAUAUUGUUGAUAAAAGCAGAUCUAUCAAUAAUGUAACUCACUGUAUAUAGCUACAGAUGUUUUCUCAUGAGUCUCACCGUGGAAUAUUACUGUUAAAGAAAAGCUAUGUGUAAAUGUUGCAUGUCAAAGGGAGUGUGUUGGAGGAUUAAGGAUGUUGCUUUGUCUUAAGUGUUUGUUUUGAGUUAGAAUUGAUUUUGUCAUCAGCAUGGCUCACUAAAUGUGUAAAACACUGAACAGUGUUGUCAUUCUUCGGGAGAGGCUCAAAAUGUGUUUAAUCAUAGAGCUGCUGUAAGCCAUGAUCGGGAAUUGUGAAACUACAUGCCAUGUAUGUAUGUAUGUGUGACUUAUCUUUCCUCCAUAAAGAAUAUUAAUAAUGUG